UCUUAAAAACACAUAGAUUCUCGAACUCUUCGAGGCAAACUAAAAAUGAAGUUUCUGCUCACUCUUUUUUCUUGUUGUGGCAUUUAUGAAUCCAGGUCUUCAUCGGUUUUUAAGGAGAAAAACAAUAAAAGUCAUAAUGUCAGUUUGGUUCGUGAAAAGAAGCUUGGUGGUGGUCGUGGUGGCGGCAAUGGUGGUGGUAAAGGUGGUAAAACAGUUGGGAAAAAUGGACACUGGCGGCCGUCGCUAUGCACGAUUUAUGAGGAAGAUGUGGUCAAGACAAAAAGAAUACAAGUGUAUGUACCGAGUAAUGCACCUUCUGGAUACAAGCAUGAGUUCGUGUUACAAGGUUCAUGGGAUAUGUUUUCGCCUGUCCCAACAUCGUUUUUGUUUUAGAUUGUGAUUAGCAAAAUCAGCCGGUAGAUGGAAGCUGUAUUCAUCAAACUAGUUAAAAACUUAUAAAAAAUAUAGAAUUACAUAGAACACUAAAAGUUAAAAGCUCCAAUAGAAAAUAUUAAAAUGUGUUUUGGAUUAUGAUCUUUUGGUAUAAAAGCUUUUCUCUUUUUCCUUUUUUUAGAGUUAAAAGAUCUACAUUUCUAUAUGUAUUCCUCAUUGUAUAUUUUUUUCCAAUAAAUUACAAUAUAAAGAAGGUUUUGUUA